AUGAGCGUCAUUUCUCUGCUCUUCUUCUUAACUCUCCAUCAUGGCUUUCUCUUGGCAUCUCCGGCUGUCGACCAGUUCACAUUCGAUGGCUUCGCGGGCGCGAACCUCUUGCUCGACGGUACUGCGGAGGUCACCGCAGACGGCCUCCUCAUGCUGACGAACGGCACGACUCUGCUGAAAGGCCACGCCUUCUACUCUUCCAUUCUGCGGUUCCACGCCGCCGCCUCAACCCCGCGAUCCUUCUCCACGGCCUUCGUGUUCGGCAUCCUCAGCGAGUACGCCGACAUCAGCAGCCCCGGGCUGGCCUUCGUGGUCUCCAAGAGCAGCAACUUCUCGACGGCGCUGCAGAGCCAGUACAUGGGCCUGGCCAACGCGGCCAACAACGGCAAUGCCAGCAACCACUUCCUGGCCGUCGAGCUAGACACCGUCGUCAACGCGGAGUUCGGGGACAUGAGCGGAAACCACGUCGGGAUCAACGUGGACGGCCUCAAGUCCGUCGUCGCCGACAACGCGGGGUACUACGAUGACGGCACCGGUGCGUUCAGGAACAUGAGCCUGCUAAACCGCACGGCCGCGCAGGUGUGGGUGGACUUCGACGCGCUCACCUCGCUGGUCAACAUCACCAUGGCGCCCCUGGAGGUGCCCAAGCCCAAGAGGCCUCUGCUCUCCGCCACUGUGAACCUGUUGUCGGUUAUCCAAGACGAAGCUUACGUCGGCUUCUCGUCGUCCACCGGCGUCGUAUCGAGCCGCCACUACGUGCUUGCCUGGAGCUUCAGGAUGGACGGGCUAGCCCCGCCGCUAAACACACAGAAGCUGCCGGGUCUGCCGUUCACGAUCCCCAAGCGCUCGUCGAAGAUGCUGAAGAUCUUGUUGCCGAUAGCAUCUGCGGCAUUGGUGUUGGCACUGGCUAUCACAGUGAUCGUAAUUGAUCGGAGGCGGCGCAAGUACGCAGAGCUGAAAGAGGACUGGGAGACGGAGUUCGGGCCGCACCGCUUCUCCUACAAGGAUCUGUUCCAUGCCACCAACGGGUUCUGCGACGAGCGGCUGCUAGGCAUCGGAGGAUUCGGGAGGGUUUACAAGGGAGUGCUUCCGGCGUCCGGGACGGUGGUUGCGGUGAAGAAGGUGUCUCACGAGUCGAGGCAAGGCAUGAGGGAGUUCAUCUCUGAGGUGGUCAGCAUCGGCCAGAUCCGGCACCGGAAUCUCGUCCGGUUGCUUGGGUACUGCCGCCGGAAGCGCGAGCUCCUGCUGGUCUACGACCACAUGCCAAAUGGCAGUCUCGACAAAUUUCUCUAUGAUCACAGCAUGCCGGUUCUCAGUUGGAGCCAGAGGCUGGGAGUCAUCAGCGAUGUCGCGUCCAGCGUGCUGUACCUCCACGAGGACUGGGAGAAGGUGAUUCUGCAUCGAGACAUCAAGGCGAGCAACGUCCUUCUCGACGCCGACAUGAACGCACGGCUGGGCGACUUCGGCCUCGCGAGGAUGUACGAUCACGGCACUGAUCCGCAUACCACGCACGUGGUCGGCACCAUGGGGUACCUCGCCCCGGAGCUCGGGCACACGGGCAAGGCCUCCAAGGCGUCCGACGUCUUCGCCUUCGGCGUGUUCAUGCUGGAGGUCGCGUGCGGGCGGCGGCCCAUCUCCCAAGAUGAGCACGGCGAUCACUUCCUGCUGGUGGAUCGCGUGGUCGAGCAUUGGCGCGAGGGGACGAUCACCGACGCAGUCGACCCACGUCUCCGAGGCGACUUCGCCGUCCAAGAAGCGAGCUUCGUGCUCACGCUCUGCUUGCUCUGCUCGCACCCUCUGCCCAGUGCGCGGCCGGGCAUUCGGCAGAUCAUGCAGUUCCUUGAUGGUAACACGCCGCUCCCGGAGUUAUCGGAAGCUCACCGAAGUGUCAACAUGCUGGUUCUAAUGCAGAACCAGGUGGUGCUUAACUCGCAUUCUUUGCCAUCCACGGUAGCUGGUAAUAUUUCUGACAUUCCUGGAGCGAGAUAA